CUGGCUGAAGCCCGAGGAGGGGAUCACUGUGCACUUCCAUGCCAUCAUCUCCAAGCAUGUCACCUUCGACCCCGAGCUCCACACGGUGUUCAUCAAGGGAGGAGAAGAGCUCGGACGGCCUGAGUGGAGUUACGCUUGCAAGAUGUACUAUGUUGAGGACUUACAUGAGCACGGGUCCCUCAUUGAAGGCAGCAUUGUCAUUCCCAGGCAGAGCCUGGAUAGAGCCAUCCCUUACAAGUAUGUCCUUCAGCAUUGCCAAGAUUCCAACUGCACCGUGGAGUAUGAGUACAUCUAUGAGCAGCCGCAGAAGGCGGGCGAGCAUGUGAACCGCUGCCUGUAUGUCAAGUCCUCCCUCCUGCGCUCCGGAGACUGGCAUCAAUAUGAUGACAUAAUUUGCACAAAGCCUCCUGGGACAUUCCAGAAAUUUCAGAACUUCUUCACUAAUAAUAUGAAGAAGGAGCUGGUGAAGGGGAAGAAGAUAGCAGCCGAGAUCAUGCUGGGCCGCAUCUUCAGCAACCUUCAGACCUGGAACCUCGUCAACCUGCAGAAAUUCUUCACCUACUUCCGGCAGUUUUAUUCUGUUGUCCAAGUGCCUAUGAUUUACGAAGGGAAAGCACAGCCCUGGCACAGCCUGGGCCUCGAAGAGGAAGAGGUGAGAAAACACCUAUGGGAGUGUUUGAAAAAGCAGAUUAAACCGGUUCUGGAAGGAAGAAGUGGGGAUGCCCUGCCUGAAGGCUGGCCUGUGAGGAGCAGAAUGAGGAUGGGCCUGGUCCUCCUUUUCCUGGUGGAAGAUACCAAACUCUGCUUAUCAGAGGGUGACCUGACCUCACUGUGCUCCAUCCUCUGCCCCAGCACCUGCUCUCCAGAUGUCCUACACAGUGAACUCCACCACAUCCUGGGCACAUCUGAGAGAUGGCAAGAGUACUUGGUCAACCUGUGCCAAAGGUGCAUAGACGCAAGAGUCGUCGACUGGCUGGGCAUCCUCCCUGUCCUGCACUACUGUAUGCAGCUGGUUCCUCCAAGAAAGGACUUUGUGAGCCAGCCUGAGGACAUCUGGGCUGCCCUUAAGGGAAUCUCCUUCUCUCAGUUUCAGGAAAAAUGGCUAAAUGAGAACCAGUUUCUUAACUUCAUGGAGAGGAAGAAGCAGUUGCUGAGUAUGGAUGAGUAUCUCUUUCGAUCCUGGUUCAGUUUGCUGCCUCUGGGAAGCCUGGUUCCCUAUAUGGAAAACUCCAACGAAUACUUGAGUCUCAUGCCUGCUCGGGUCCUGGACUGUUUCCUAGGGACUCACUACAGGCUGCAAUGGCUUCAGAAGAUCUCAAAGAUCUCAGAAGAUCUCUUGGAGCAUGUUGAGAAUGUUUUCAAAAUGCUGAUGCACCUCAUGGACAUCUAUCAGGAUGUGAUUCUUGAGAAAACUUCGUUUGAGUCCUACUUGACUGUGUGCCUGAAGCUCCAUGAAGCUGUCUGCAGGAUCACCAAACACCUGAGGUUUUACGAGAUCCCCGCCUUGUCUGCUGAGAUCAUUUGCAGAGUCAUUGGACUUAGACCUCUGGAGGAUGUGACAGAGGACUCGGGAGCCGCAGCCAGGAAGGGCUCACUGGAAGACAUCUUCCAGAGUGUCCUGGCCACCAUGAGAUCCUGGCUGCGCACAGUGUUAGCAAAGAGCAUGCUCCGGAAGGGUUCAACUGAACUGUUUACAUACCCCGAGGAGAUCCAGGUCUGGCGGCGGCUGGUGGAAAUAAACUUUUCUGCGGAACGUGGCUGGAAGGAGUCACUGCUGGGGGACAUGGAAGGGAGGCUCAAGCAGGAGAGGCCCCUUUCCCAGAUCUCUGCCUUCUGCAGCCCUCAGUGGGACGCCGCUGGCCUCAAGGACAGUGUGGCCAAGAGCUUUGAGAAGUGUGUCAUCAAAGCUGUGAGCUCUGCCUGCCAGUCUCAGACUAGUGUCCUGGAGGGAGUCUCUUGUCAUGAUUUGCAGAAAUUUGGCAGCCUCAUGUCUGCUAUGAUCACCAAGUCCUGGCCCAGGAACAACAGAGUGGCCAUGGAAGGCCUGGAUGAGAUUCUUGAACAUCUGCUCACGGGGCCAGAUGUGAAGCAGCUCUUCAAGUUGUACAGAACGGAGGAGAAGCUGUUAGCCAACAUCACAGAGGACGCCAAGAGGUUGAUGGCUGCCGCCAGCUCUGUCUUCAUGAAGGUUACUGGUGACAUCCUGGAUGGGCCCAUAUUGUUCAGACGUUUGGAGCUGAUCCUGAAGCACAAAAGUCAGUUUCUGGACCUGUGGCAGUUAGAGACAGAAAGUUCUUCAUUCCAAGAGAAAAAUUGUGACAUGGAAGAGACACUGAACUGGAGGAUGGAUGAAGUCGUGUUUCUGAAGAGAGAGAAGAGACAGGUGGACAGCCUCCUGAGGCUGUGUGGGAAAGUGAAGCACCUCGUCCAAGUGGACUUUGGAGAGAUUGAAGCAAGACACUCAGAAGAUCUGAACCACAAAAGACUGAAUGAAGCCAUGAGGGUGAGCCAGCCGGCAUCCUCAGCCUGCAAGCAGAUGACGCACUACAACCUAGACUGUGAGGUCCAGGAAAUGGCUGCAAGGAUAGACUCGCUGAUGGACAGCCACAUCUUCCAGAUCUUCUGGGAAGAAGCUGCAGAGUCAUUAAGCUAUCCCCAAGGAGAAUCUGAAAGACGAACCCUUGUGCUUAUAGAGGCCUAUGAGUACUUGUACUCGCCUUGUUACCAAAAGUUCAUGAAAUUGUAUCAGGAUCUGAAGUCAGGAGAGGUCACCAUUGGAGAAAUCAAUGUCAUCUUCAAGGACUUUGUAGAUAAAUACAAUGACCUGACUUUCGACCUCCAGAUCAUGUGUAAAGUAGACCCCCAGGCCCAGAGGGGCUGGAUCUCAGAGCGUGUUGAACAGAUCAAGGAGUACCAUAGCCUGCACCAGGCAAUCAGCUCGGCCAAGGUCAUCUUGCAAGUCAAAAACAAUUUUGGAUUGACCGGUGACUUCAGUGUUAUUUACACUUUAAUAAACUUUAUUGAUGACUUCGAGGCCACCCUCCUUGAGACACUGGACCAGAUCAGCCCACAGCAUAUCUGGGCUAAGAAGCUGCUGCAGGACAUCAGCGAGCCCUGCUGCCAGUGUCUGGAGGAGCUGGCCCUGCAGAAGGAGCUGGUCAGCUGGCUGCACGAGGCCCUGGGAGGCAUCACCGAGCUCCAGGUGUUUGUGGACCUGGCCUCCAUCUCAGCUGGAGAGAGUGACAUUGACGUGGACCGGGUGGCCUGCUUCCAUGAUGCUGUGCAGGGCUAUGCGUCCCUGCUGUAUAAGCUGGACCAGAAGGCAGGCUUCAGCGAGUUCAUGGAACAGUUGAGAGAACUCUGGAAGGCUCUGCAAAAUGACCCCCAUCUGCCCCGUAAAUUGCGAGAUUCUGCCAGGAACUUGGAGUGGCUGAAGACAGUGAAGGAAAGCCACGGAUCCAUUGAGCUCUCGUCCCUGUCCCUGGCCACAGCAAUCAACAGCAGAGGCAUCUAUGAGAUCAGGGCAUCCACAGGUGACCAGAAGAUCUCCCCAGAUGCCAUCCUGAGCCUGAUCCUCCCUGGGGGUCACAGUGACCUGGAGCCAGAUCGCUCUUACACUUUGGAAGAGCUGAGGGAUCUUUUAAACAAGCUGAUGCUGAUGUCUGGCAAGAAAGACCACAAGAGUAUGGAAGUGGAGAGGUUUUCUGAGUUAUUCUGCCAUGUGCAGCGGCUCAUGCAAGCCUUCCUGAACCUGUACUCUGCAGGAAACAUGCUGUUCCGGACCUGGACUGCCAAGGUCUACUGCUGCCCCGGGAAUGGCAUCUCCAUCUGCAUGGACUUCCACUUGGAGUUGGUAAGCCAGCUGGCAGAGAGUGGGGACGUCACCCAGCUCCUGGAAGCCCUCUGCAGGCAGAUGGAGCACUUCCUGGAUGACUGGAAGGAGCUGGUGAGCAGAAAACGCAGGGAGCACUUUUACCUCAACUUCUACACGGCCGAGCAGCUGGUCCUCCUGAGCACCGAGCUCAGGAAGCAGAGUCCCAGCAAAGCUGCCCUCAUGAUACUGUCCUUCAUCAAAGACAACUGCACCCCAGCUGACGUCUUAAGGGCCACCGAGGGGUUCAAUGAGGCCCCCAGACACCACGUGAGGACAAUGAUGGAAAAAUUACCUCCAUUGCAAUCUGCUGAGAUCAGCCUGGUGACCAAGCUGAGGGCCAUCAUGGAACAGUCCCUGGAGAGCAUGAGUGUCUUUCUGCCUGGCUGCCUGGACCUGGAGGCCCUGGGCCAUUGUCUGGCUUGCCUGGCCAGGAUGGGCAGGCCUCCUGUGGAACGGUCACUCCCCUUGGGCCUGCAGGCUGGCCAGCCCAACCUGGUCUUAUGUGGCCACUCUGAGGUGUUGUUGGCUACCUUGGCCAUCUACAUGCAGGCCCCAGGCCAGCCCCUGCCCACCUUCGAUGAGGUGCUACUCUGUACCCCGGGGACCACAUUUGAGGAGGUGGCCCUGUUCCUGCAUCGCUGCCUGGCCCCGGUUUCCCAGGGGCACAAGGUCUACAGCCUGCUGUUCGCAGAUCAGCUGAGCUAUGAGGUGGCCUGCCAGGCAGAGGCCCUCUUCCGCAGCCUGUGCACACAGUGUCCCCGGGAGGACUACCAGCUGGUGCUGGUCUGUGAUGCGGCAUGGGAAUGCUGCUACCUGCCCUCAGCCUUCAGCCAGCACAAAGUCCACCUCAUCCCCCAGGCACCCCUCCAUGCCAUCCAGGACUACCUGGCACAUCACUACCAGGUCCCAGCACAGACCCUGUCCGCAGCAGCUGUGUUCAGAGACCAGAUGUGUGUGGGGAUCGUGGCCUCGGAGAGAGCCGGAGUUGGGAAAUCUCUCUAUGUGAAGAGAUUGCAUGAAAAACUGAAAAAGAAGUUAAACAGUGAAAAGGUCCCUUUAAAGAUUGUUCGGUUGACUGACACUCGGGUGGAUGAGGGCCAUGUCCUGGGCUCCCUCCUGUCUUUCUGGGAUUCUCAGUAUGGGAAAAAGCCCAUGAUAUUCCACUUUGAUGUGACUGCUUCGGUACAGUCUGGAACUUGGGUCUUUCUUUUCAAACUCCUCAUUUUACAAUACCUAAUGGAUACAAGUGGGAAAAUGUGGCUUCGGAAUCCGUGCCAUUUAUAUAUCAUUGAAAUUACAGAAAGAAAUUUAGUGCAGUCAAGGAGGUCUUCAAAGCAGAAUCCACAUGUCCCCCAGUUCAGUUUUCUUGAUAUCUUCCCCAAAGUCACCUGCAGACCUCCCAGUGAAGUGAUAGCCAUGGAGCUGAGCCCUGAGAGGAGCAUCAUAGAGCCUGGAAUGGAUGAGAGAGAGUUCCAAAGUGCCACUUUCCAAAGACCUUACCAAUAUUUAAAACGAUUCCAUCAAAAAGAAAACCUAGACACAUUUCACUAUCAAUAAGGCUCUGUUGAAGGUACCCCAGGGGAAUGCAUCCAGCACCUACUCAUAUACUGCGGGGUCAUCAACCCCUCCUGGUCAGAACUCUGGAAUUUUGCUCGGUUCCUCAACUGUCAGCUCAAGGACUGUGAGGCUUCUCCAUUCUGCAAUCCAGGAUGUACUGAAAAUGCACUACGGGGCUUCAAGAACUUUGUGGUCACCUUCAUGAUCUUCAUGGCAAGAGACUUUGCCACACCAACACUUCAUACCUCUGACCAGAGCCCUGGGAAGCACACGGUCACCACAGAUGGUGAAGAUGAAGAAGAGGUCGCCCCCUUCACUCUCCGGAGGAGGUGGGAGUCAGAGCCUCACCCAUAUGUGUUCUUCAAUGGUGACCACGAGACCAUGACAUUCAUAGGCUUCCAUCUCCAGCCCAAUGAGAAUGGCAGCGUUGAUGCCAUCAACCAUCUCAAUGGGAAGAUAAUCAAGAAAUAUGUCAUGACAGAAGAACUGUACAUAAGGCUGUUGCUUCAAGGUGUGCCCUUCAAUGUUGACUUUGAUAACCUGCCCAGACACGAGAAAAUCUUGAGACUCUGCCAGCCAUUAGGAAUUUCUUGGGCCCUGGACCCUGAUGAAACAUAUGAGCUUACAACAGACAACAUGCUCAAGAUUCUGGCCAUUGAGAUGCGGUUCCGCUGUGGGAUCCCAGUUAUCAUCAUGGGAGAAACAGGCUGCGGGAAAACCAGGCUCAUUAAAUUCCUUAGUGAUCUGCGGCGUUGUGGUGCCCAGGCUAAGACCAUGAAGUUGGUCAAGGUUCAUGGAGGAACAAUUGCAGCCAUGAUCCACUCCAAAGUCGUGGAGGCUGAGAAAACUGCCUUAUCCAAUAAGGACCAACACCAGUUGGACACUAUCUUGUUCUUUGACGAAGCCAACACAACAGAAGCCAUAAGCUAUAUUAAGGAAGUCUUGUGUGACCAGACCGUGGAUGGCCAGCCACUGGAGGAGGGCUCAGGCUUGCACAUCAUAGCUGCCUGCAACCCUUACAGGAAGCACUCUCAGGAGACCAUCUGCCGUUUGGAGUCAGCUGGUUUGGGGUACAGGGUCAGUGCAGAGGAAACAGCAGACAGGCUGGGCUCCAUUCCCCUCAGGCAGCUGGUGUACCGUGUCCAUGCCCUGCCCCCGAGCCUGAUUCCUCUGGUGUGGGACUUUGGGCAACUGAAUGACACUGCUGAAAAGCUCUACAUCCAGCAGAUUGUUCAGAGACUGGUGGACCACGUCAGGAUCAACAAGGAGGAGACUCGUGUGAUCACGGAAGUGCUCUCUGCCUCCCAGAGGUUCAUGAGGAACACUAAAAGUGAGUGCAGUUUCGUCAGCCUCCGGGAUGUGGAGCGCUGUGUGAAGGUGUUCACAUGGUUUCAUGGCCGCAGCGAGAUGCUCUUGGUGAAGCUAAACACCUUUCUCUGUGAGACCAGUGUCAGCAAAAAUAACUUCAGGAGAGACUCCGUCCUCUGGUCCCUGGUGAUGGCUGUGGGGGUCUGUUACCACACCUCCCUAAAGGAGAAGGAGUCCUACCGCAGAGCCAUUUGCCGGUAUUUUCCAGAACCAUAUGACAACAGGGUCAUCCUGGACGAGAUCACACACGCACAGGAUCUUUUCCUGAGUGGGGUGCCUCUGAGGAAAACCAUAGCCAGGAACUUGGCUCUGAAGGAGAACGUCUUCAUGAUGAUCAUCUGCAUUGAGCUGAAGAUACCCCUCUUGGUGGGAAAGCCCAGAACCUCCAAAUCUCUCACCAAGACCAUAGUGGCAGAUGCCAUGCAGGGCCAGGCCGCACACUCCACUCUCUUCCGCAGCCUGAAGCAAGUCCACCUGGUGUCAUUCCAGUGUAGCCCCCACUGCACCCCACAGGGCAUCAUAAACACCUUUAAGCAGUGUGCUCGCUUCCAGCAGGGGAAGGACCUGCAGAAGUACGUGUCUGUGGUGGUGUUGGAUGAGGUUGGCUUGGCAGAAGAUUCCCCCAAAAUACCCCUGAAGGCUCUGUACCCACUGCUGGUACCCACUGCUGAAGCAGUAGCUGAGUUCUCCACAUUCUUCCCUCCUGAAAUGUAG